AUGACGAUGAGCGCACCGAGUCCCGGGCAGCGACUGCAGAAACAGCGGGAGAUGCCGCCUCGAGGCCUUCAGUCAAGGCCAUCACCUUCAGACCCACCGCCAACAACUCCCGCCCAGCUCGGCGGCAGCGGCGGCGGCGCGCGCGCUCCCGGACGUCCUCACGCGCGCGCGCCCCGGCCCCGCGCGACGCGCCGAGGGACUGGCAGCGGCGACGGGGCGGGGCAGAGGCCGUCUGGGGGUGUUGGCUGUGAAGAGGCGGUUGUGGCCGAGAAGCGCCCGGAGGCGUCUGCGUUAAACAAUAAGCGAAUUUCAGAAGCCUGGGAAGUCCAAGAUCAAGGUGUCAGCAGAUUUGGUGUCUGGUUUAUUCCUAGAGAUGUACAGCAAAGGGAAGUCUACCCAACAUUCUGCAAAAACCAGCUCCCCAGCAGCCUGCGCUCUCUUGGCUGUGACAGUCAGAGCCCUGGUUUGGGUGUAAGUGAUAGCACCUGGUGCUGGUGCGUGGUGAGCACCCUAAAAUGCAUCUUUAUCAUGCCACUUUUCUACUCCAAAACAUUCAGUGACUUCCUAUUGCCUUUUUGUUAUUUUAAACAAAGUUUAAAGAAAAUAGUACAUUUAUCUAUCACUGAAUCUUAUUUAUUGAUGAAUAUUAUUUCUCUCCUAGGUCUUACUAAAGACAUGUGGUAUCCUUUUAAUAUUAUUAUUAACCUGAACAACUUUACAGGAAAGAAGGUAGUAAACAGUAAACUAUAUUUAUGUCACUCCAAACCUUUGAACUAUGAAAUCACUAAAUGUUAGCACUGAGAAUGGCCUUGAAAUCAGUUGAGAUCAACUCCUUCAUUUCAUAGGUGAGGAAACUGAGAACAAGCAGAUAAAUUGCUCAGAUAUGGAUACCCAGCCAAGGGAAGGCCCUGUCACAACUAGAACUCAGCUCUUCUAUUUUCUCUUUCUUUCCACUACACUACAUUAUACGUAUAUUUACAUAUAUACAUUAUACAUAUAUUUCUACAUGGUUUAAUCAGUAUACAUGCUAUUUUGUGUCUCUUCUAUUUAUAUUACUCCAGGUACACAUUUCCACGUAUUGACAUUAAGCUAGGUUCUUGUCAUUUUUGGUAGCUACAUGGCAUUCCAUCAUAUCCGUAUAGGCUAUGGUCCUUUAUAAACCAUCAUUUUGAGUUGCAUAAGAAAGAAAACUAGCCUACACUAAUACUUUGUGUUAACUGUUUUCAAUAAUAAAAUAAUAUCUGCUGCUGCUUUGUAAAUUAAGUUUGAAAAAAUCAUAUAUUCUUAAUCUGGUUUACUCAUAUUUUCUUUUCUAAAACCGGGCCUGCUCAUUUUGUGUGUUUUCUAAGUGCCAUUUGUAUUUAAGUUUUUUAAAGUAUGCAAAUAGGUCAAGGUAUAAAUAAUAUGAAGUAUGAAAUUAUUUUGCAUUGAAAACUGCGAAACCCACUUACUACUGAUUCAAAAUAUGUACAUAUUUAUGUUCCUGAUCAUUCUUUGUAAUUCAUCUCUUUGAUCAUGGCUAUUCUGCAUUUGAAUAUAUAAAAAGGGCUUUGAAACGUAUUAUUCUUUUCCGCCUUCCAUCUGAAAAACAGAGGGAAAGAGUCUUAAACAAAGGUGAAUACCUCCAAAGUUCAUUCAAUACUUCUCAAAAUGUCUCAAGAUUUAUGUCUUUGGGAAAAUUAAGCCGUAAUCUAAUGAUCAUUUUGUGGUGUUUCUUAUUUUUCUUGAAAUUCAUUACUAUAAGAAAAAGCAGAUUUAAAAAAUUUUUUCUAGUUCAUAUUUGAAUUAGGUAUUGAAUGGACUGCUUUGCAUCCAGAGAAAACUUUAAAGAGCAACACACUCAUAAAUUGAGCUUUUUAAUCAUUGUUAUUUUUGUAGUUCCUUCAUUUCAACGUUUGAAAAUCACUAACCAUGGAUGCUGUGUAGAACUAGGAGUAGGUAAGAACUGAAGAGUAGAAGAAACUUCUCAUGGGUAGCAUUUCUUGCCCAAAUUGUUAAUAAUAACUAUCAUUCAUUGAGCCCUUACUCUAAAUGGCAUUGUGCUAAGCAUUAUUACUACAUUAUAUCAUCUAAUUCUUAUGACAGUUUGGUGUUAUUACCCCCAUUUUACAUAUUGGUAAACAGAGGUUUGGAGAAGUUAGGUAACUUGCCCAAGGUCACACAGCUAGCAGAAUCAGAAUAUAGAGCUUUAAUACCAAAGCUUAUGCUUUUCAUACACCACACUGCCUCUGUUUGGCAAAUCACUGAAGGAAAGGACAGUAGUUUACCUUUGGAAGGGUCUCAUAGGGGAGAACUACGUAAAGGGUGAGGUGGUUCCUAUGAGAAGAAUAUAAGUCCUUUUAUUAAUUGAAAUGUAACAUCUAUUCUGGACGUAUAAUUUAGUAACUUAUCCCACAUUGAAAGAUAAAGGUUUUGAAUGAAUGCAAUGGGCUUAUUAAAGAAAAAGAAAUUACUGAUUAUUUACAUAGUUUUCAUGUUUUUUAAAAAGAAGCCUUCUAAAAUCAAGCAUGUCACAUAUUACACAUCCCUGUCCCAGAAAAAGAGAGAUGAAUUUGUUUAUGGUGAGCAGAGAAAUGAAACUGGUAUCACGAUAAUACAUUUCCUCAUCAAUGAUGACUCUUCAGCCUUUGGAUCAAUCUUCAUUCUUAAGAGGUUCCUGACUUGCUUAACUUGUGCAAUAGGGACUUUUUUUUAAAAAAAAAAAGAUAGAAAUUCAGAAGGCUGGCUUAAUUUGUGCUGAAAUUCUUUAAAAUUUGACCAGGUAAUAUGAUGUUUUUCAAUACGGCAUACAUGAUUUGGCUGCCCAAGAUAUAUCUAUUUUGAAAGUAGCUUUGUUGAGGGAAAGAGUAUUAACAAAGGAACCUAGAAAGGUAGAAAACAUGCUAUGGUAGCCAGCCUUCAGGAUAACCUAGAACAAUCCUCAUGUAUUGGUAUUCCCCUCGUACAUUGAAUCAGAGCUGAUUUGUGUGACUAAUAGAUUACUGUGGAAGUGACAGUGUAGGAUUUCUGAGGCUAGAUAAUAAAAGACAUUGUAACUUCUGCCUUGGCGCCUUAGAUCCCUUGCUCUAGGAAAAGCCACCUACCAUGGAUGCAAGGACCCCUGAAGACAGACCUAUGUGAAAAGAUUCUGAGGUCUCCUGCCAACAGCCAGCACCAACUUGCCAUCCAUGUGAGUGAGCCACCUUAGAAGCAGAUCUGGUAGCCUCAGAAACUGUAAGAGAUAAUAAAUAGUUGUUGCUUUAAACUGCUAAGUUUCAGAAUAAUAUGUUACACAGAAAUAGAUAUCUAAUAUAGAUGUUGCUACCUGGAAGUGAGAUUCAGCCAUAACAAAAUCCUAAGAUGCAUAAGUAACUUUGGAACUGGACAACAGACUUUGGGGAGAGUGUUAGUGAAAGCCUAAAGUACCUUGAAGAAACUGUUAAUAGAAGUAUCCCACUCUUUUAUAUGGCUACAGGUGAAGGCUUGCAGAAAAAUGAGGUAAUGUAAUUGGAAACUGGAGGAAAGGCAAUCCUUCUUAUAUAGUGGCAGAAAGUUCAGUAACACUGUUCCCUGCAGUAACCAAAAGGUAGAAAAUGUGUCUAAUGAAUUGGGUGAUCUAGCUAGGGAGAUUUCCAAGCAAAGGUUUCUUCUUGUUGCUUGUAGUAAAAUGUGAGAGGAGAGAGGUAAACUAAAGGAAGAACUGUUAACAGUUUAAACAAAAAGGAGACAGAAUUUGAUGGUUUUGAAAAUUCUCACCUUCUCUGAAUGGCAAACAAUGCUAAAAUUAAGAUGUAGCUUCUGAGCUACAAAUCCAGGGCACUGCUAGUAAAACAUGGUCCUAAGAUGAAGCCAAGGGAGUGAUUGUAAAAUCUUUUGUUACAGUCUCAAAGAUUUAAGGUUGUGCAUCAGAAUACUAUUUGGCCAGACAAAAAGUCCUCUAAAGAGAUUAAAGGUGUGUGUCACACAGUCUCUCAAUAAAAUGAUGAAGCACCUAGGAAGCUUAAGGACAUUGUCCAUCAGUUAUCUCACCAGAAGCCCAAGGUAGAGAAGAGCUUAUCUGAAAGAUAUUUGUAGGUGUGGCUUUCAUCUAAUGGAGUGGACCCCAAUAACAUUCAUGGAAGGCUCAUAACAUUUAAAAAAUAAAUAUGAAGAAACAUUGCCAUCUUGGACCAAAAGGGAUAGAGAUAGUACAAAACGAAAAGAGGUCUUUGGAUCCUCAAAGUUCCACUGGCAAGAAGUAGGCUGAGAAAAGUUCUCAGUGGUAAACAUGGACUAUCUUUCAUUAAAAAAAAAAAAAAAAAAAAAAAAGGGAGAGAGGGAGGAUGACUCAGGGGUCAGAUCCAAAACUCCAGAACAUGGAGCUGAGAGCCAGGGAGAAUUAUUCCCAGGAUUUGAGACUUAAUCAAGGAAUGUUCAACAUUUGUUCAGCUGGUUUUCAGAAUUAUAAUGGACCAGUGAUUCCUUUGUGCCCACCAUUUUCCCUCUUUUUGAACAGUUACCCUGUUACACCUGUCUCACCAUGGUGUGUUGGGUGUAUGGAGGGGCACAUAAGUUGUUGUUUUAGUUUCACAGGGGGAGAGGAACUGUACUCAAGGGGCUGUACUUAAGGAACUACACCCAAGGAGCCUCAGAUGUACCUGGACCUGAUUUAGAGGAUGAGAUGUUGGACUUUAAGCUAACGCUAUAAUGAGAUGAGACUUUUGGUGACUUCGGGAGGAAAGGAGUGUAUUUUGCAUGUGGGAGGGACAUGAAUCAUUGGAGACCAGAGGAUGGACUGUGGUAGCCAGCCUUCAAGAUAGCCCUUAAUUAUCCUUCCCUCCUUGUAUUCACACCCUUGUGUAGGCCCCUCCCACACUCUAUCACAGUUGGUCUGUGUGACCAAAAUGAUAUAGCAGAAAUGAUGGUAAGUUACUUCUGAGAAUAGGUUAUUAAAAAAACUGCACCUUCCAUUCUGGUAUCUCUGUCUUUCUCUAUCUCUAUCUCUUGGAUAACUCCCUAUUGGAGAAAAAAGCUGCCGUGUUGUAUGCAGCUCUAAGGAGAAGGCCACCUGGAAGAAUACUGAAGCCUCUGGCCAAUGGCCAGCUAGGAACUAUGUCCUGCCAACAACCAUGUGAGUGAACUUGGAAAUCAAGUCUUCAGCCCUACUCUAGCCUUGAGAUGACUGCAGCCCCAGCCAAUAUCUUGACUGCAACCUCAUGAGAGAGCCUGAGCCAGAACCACCUGGCUAAGUCGCUCUUGGAUUACUGAACCUCAGGAACUGUGUGAGAUAAUGAAAUGUUUGUUGUUUUAAGAUGUGAAGUUUCAAGGUAAUUUAUUAUGCAGCAAUAGAUAACAAAUACACCAGCCCAAGAGCCGGGACUUCACAGCAGAAGCUGAGACCGCAGAUGGAGGUCUGAUGCACUCUUGCAUGUUGCCCCAUCAUCAUGACACCUAGUACAGAACCUUGCUCAUAGUAAAUUUCAGUAGGUAUUAAGUGAAUGAAUGAGUGAAUGUCAAAGCCAGUGAUAGAAAUGGUAUAAAACUCUGUUACCUUCGUCUAUAUUACUAUUAAAUCCCUUAUAUACUCUUGGUAGAACCAAGAGAUUCUAGAAUAAUCUUCCUAUUUUCUUGGCUGGUCACAUCUUUUGAACUCCUCUGAACCUUUUCUUGGGGGAAGAGAACAAUAAAAUUGCAAACCGGUUUGUAUCUUGGCAGGAGUAAUUAUCCUGCAUGACCAAAGUCCUGCCUGGAACCUUUUAGCAGGAGGAGGAGGUUCAGCAAACUGCACUUGUCUCCUCUCUCAACUUUGGCUAUUCUGAGAAAAAUCAUCUGCUCAAUAAGAAAGGAAUGCUCAGCAUUUUGCAGAAGUGAUUUCCUCUACUUCCCUAUCUUCCUUGCUGAUACCUUGAUGGAGGGAAUAAAUGUGAAACAGAAAGAAAGGAUGUUCACAGAUAAGCUCCUCUUAAUUAGUUCAGGCCUCUUCACUUCCUGCCUGGAUUAUGACAAUGCCCCCAACAAGUCUCUUGGCAUCUUGUUUCUAAAAACAAAUCUUAGCUCAGCACUCUCAUGUUUAAAGUUUUCAGUGGUUAUUCAUCCUCUUCUGGACAAAAUCCAAACUCUUCAUGAUUUGGCCUUGAGGGUUACUUCUUCAGCCAAAUCUUUUCUUACCAACACCAGGCUUUCCAGUCCUCCCCCUAUUCCUUCUGUCCCUCUCCUUCCCCUCUCAUCUGCAUCUUCAAGCUCAACCCAACUCAUCCUUCAAGAUUUAGUUUCAAUUGCCCAUCCAGGAAGUUUCUCUUGAGCCCCUCACAAUAGAUUAGCAUACUUUACAGACCUCUUUGGCCUUGGGCAAGUUGCUCUCUAAAUCUCAGUAUCCCAAUCUAGAAAAUUGGGAUAAUAUAGUAUGUACUUACCUUAGAAGCUUGUGGCAAGGUUUAUAGAUAAUUAAUGCAAAAACUUAGCACAGGGCCUGACAUAUAUUAAGUAUUACAUAUUAGGUGAUAAAUCAUACCAAUUAUUUAAUCCCAUCUGUUUAUUAUGUUUGAGGAAACAGAGAUCCAGAGGAGUCAAAUGACUAUCUCAAGUAGGAUAAAGAUAGGGGGAGGGGAAUAUCUGAUUUGCUUAUGCAGGUUUACAAGCCAAAUUUCAAAGUGAGGAAAUUAGGGGGAACUGGCUUCAAACUUAAUAUUAAAAUAAAACAUUUAUUGAGAAGUAAAUGAGGUUGAGAGUAGAUGCUGUACUACUAAGAAAAAUGGCAAGUCAGGGCAACUGUCAAGACAAUUCAGGAUAUUUGAGGCUUAGAACUGUAAAGUGUUCUUAUUGUCUCAACUUGCUAAUUUACUUUAUCUGUUUAUUUCUAUUUUCAGCUAAGAGUGUCUGUGCAUUCACUAAAUAAAAUGGUUUGUAAUGCCUCA